UUAAAAUUAAUAAGAGUUUAUUGAAAAGAAAUUAUACGGUACCUAACCCUAGUGGUUUGGGUCAUUGAUUUUUGUAAGUGUGGGAAGUUGCUUGAUUGUUGCAAGCAGCAAUAAUGGGGAAAGAGAUGCAGAGAGUACUUGAGUUCUACAGUGGAAUCGGCGGCAUGAGAUACUCGCUGAUGAAAGCCCAAGUGAACGCGCAAGUGAUCGAAGCAUUUGAAAUCAAUAACAUUGCAAAUGACGUUUACCAACAUAACUUUUCUCAUCGUCCUUAUCAGGGAAAUAUUCAAUGCCUAACUGCUGCUGAUCUAGACAAAUAUGCGGCCGAUGCAUGGCUUCUUUCCCCUCCCUGUCAACCUUACACGCGACAAGGUCUCCAGAAGGACACUGGGGAUGCCCGGGCGUUUUCUUUUCUUCAGAUUCUUGAGCUCAUCCCAUUCUUAUUGCAGCCUCCUAGUAUGUUGUUUGUGGAAAAUGUUGUCGGAUUUGAGACAUCGGAUACGCAUGCAAAACUGAUUGAAAUACUGGAGAAAACUAAUUUUAUCACACAAGAGUUCAUUCUCAGCCCUUUACAGUUUGGAAUUCCAUAUUCUAGGCCCCGUUAUUUUUGUCUGGCUAAGAGAAAACCGUCAUCUUUUGGAAAUGAAUUUUUGAACCGCCAGCUAAUUCAAUCUCCAAAGCCAUUAUUUGAGCCCUUCAAUGUAGACUCUAAGGAAGAUGAUUUAUCACUAGAGGAUAGACACAAUUUGUUGCAGUCAUGUCAACCUAUUGAGAAGUUUCUUGUAUUAAAGAAUCCUAGCAAUGAUACAGAUGUUGAAUCUGCGGCUUCGACGACCGGUGUGUCCAAUGACAUUUCUAGAACUUCAGGAGAAGAUAACGAGAAUGAAUACGACCCUUUAGACAAGUAUUACGUUCACCCAAGCUUGUUAGAGCGGUGGGGAAGUGCUAUGGAUGUUGUGUACCCUGAUUCAAAGCGCUGCUGCUGUUUUACGAAAAGUUAUUACAGAUAUGUGAAGGGAACUGGCUCCCUUUUGGCUACUGUUCAGCCAAUGAAGAGGGACAAAACAUCACUCAAGGAGCAGCGACUUAGGUACUUUACACCAAGAGAGGUUGCAAACCUACAUUCCUUUCCUGAAGAUUUUGAGUUUCCAGAACACGUCAGUCUCAAACAACGGUAUGCAUUGCUCGGGAACAGUUUAAGCAUAUCGGUCGUUGCUCCCUUACUUCAUUAUCUUUUCACUGAAGCGUAGUGAUUUUUCAAUCAUACUAUCCAUUCAACAGAAGAAGCAGAGAGUUUCUACCCAGGGCCUAUUAUGCAAAGACAGUGAGACCUUGUAAGCUGUGACACAAUGCUGUGAGUUAUUCUUUCAACCAUGGUAAUCAAAGCCUGAGUUUGAGUACUUUUACUGCAGAAUUCAUAAUUCUAGUGUAGAAUAAUGUGACCAUUGUUUUUAAAACUGACUGAGGGGAAUGCAAAAAAUGUAAUUUGAGGUUUGUAGAGUUAAAAUGUGCAUGCCAAGUAUCUUGCAGAUCAAAGGAUAGGAUCUGGUAUUAUACAUAUUUGUAAUAAGAAUAUUGGUAACCAAACCUGACAAAAUUAUUGGUUUGAUUCA